AUGGAUCCCAUCGAUGACAGCGACGAACUGCGUCGCACGGAGCUGGAGACGCUCGAGGCCAUUUUCCCUGAGCUGCGCAAGCCCCCAGGCGCCACCUCGCCGUUUACUUUUGAACUGGAAAUUCCCGUCGAGCUGGCCGCGCCGUUGACCGUCACCUUUCCGCCGGCUGGAAACGCAGCCGUGGGUGAGGUUCACGCACCGCAGCAUGACCAGCCGCCACCGCCGCCUCUCGACUCGCUGCAAGUAUCGCAUCUCCCACCCAUCUCGAUACGUAUCAGCCUGCCUGAUGGCUACCCGGAGUCGUGCCCGCCACGCGUCACGCUGACGACGACGCCGCCGUGGUUGAGCAACGAGACACUCGCUCGGCUCGAGAUGGACGCGCCGCGGCUCUGGGAGGACAUGGGCCGCGACAUGGUCGCAUACACGUACAUUGACCACGUGCAGCACGGUGCGGAUGACGUGUUUGGCACGAUUGCGAUGGACGGCACCCUCGCCGUGGACGCGGAGCACAAGCUCGCCGUGCUGGAUUACGACAUCAAGGCCAAAAAAGCAGCGUUUGAAAGGGAAACCUUUGAAUGUGGCGUCUGUCUGGAUCCGAAAAAGGGCUCGAGCUGCCACAAGAUGAUGGACUGCGGUCACAUAUUUUGCGUUAAGUGUCUCUGUGACUUUUAUGGCAAUGCCAUCCAAAGCGGCGAGCUCUUAACGGUGCGGUGUCUGGCGCCAAACUGCGCCAAAGAGCGAGGCUCUAAAAGCCUUGGGGAGACAGCCAGCCGUCAACUCAAGAAGCCAAAGACGUUCAUCAGCCCGAGCGAGUUGCUUCAGAUUGGCCUCACAGAAGAGCUGGUCAAGAGAUUUGUUACGCUCAAGUACAAAACGGAGCUGGAAUCUGACAAAAACACCAUCUACUGCCCGCGACAGUGGUGCAAUGGCGCCGCCCGCUCCAAGAAGCACAAGAAGCCGCAGGGCCUCGAACUCGUUGACGUUUCCGACCAAGAUGACGACGACGAAGAUACAGAGGUGGAAGACGGCACACAAACGACGAAAAAGGCCACUGCCAAGGCCAAGUUCAACCCUGCCGACUUGUUGUCUGUCUGCGACGACUGCGGCUUCGCGUUUUGCAGCCGAUGUCUCCAGUCAUGGCACGGCGAGUUUGUCCGCUGUGCGGGUAAGAAAACGAGGCAGGAGCUCACGGAUGAGGAAAAGGCCUCGAUAGCCUACGUGGAACUACACACCUCGCCGUGUCCGACGUGCUCGGCCCCGGCGCAAAAGACGCAUGGCUGCAACCACAUGAUUUGCUCGCGCUGCGACACGCACUUUUGCUACCUCUGCUCCGCCUGGCUCGAUCCGAGCAACCCGUACAAGCACUACAACAUGCAGCCCGACGGCAAGGUGACGUCGUGUUACAUGCGCCUCUGGGAGCUGGAAGGCGGCGAUGGCGACGACGUCGGACUUGGGUUUGGCGGCGGGCAGCUCGCCCUGGACGCUGUGCCCGCACCGGUCGAGGAGGAGAUGCUCGUUGUACCCCCCGAUGAGGAAGAAAGCGAUGGCGAGGAAUCUGUCCUCGGCGAGAAUGGAGCCAAUGGCAACCCCCCACCGGAAGAGCUGGCGCCUCAAGAAAGAAGACCCGCUGUUGCGCGAGAAGCGCCGCUCGUUCUGCGAGUCAUGGAUGACCAGGCGGGACGGCCACCAAGGCACGAGCCGGCGGAUGCUGCGCCCGGUCCGGGGGAUGGCCGACGUGGCGGCGGCGGCGGUCGUGGCGGCGGCGGUCAGAAUUAUAGAGCCCAGCGAGGAGGUGGUGCCCGCGGAGGCGCGGCGGCGGCGGCGGCACGAGGUCGAGGUCGAGGACGAGGCGCGGCCGGCCCAGAACGUGGACGGCAGCAGCAGCACGACGCGGGCCGGGCGAGACAGCAGCAGGCGCUCGAGAACCGGCGGCAGCAAGAGCAGCAGGAGGAAGCAGAGCGGGAGAUGAUGGCGCAGCUCAACCCGGAGCAGCAGGCGUGGGUGCGCCGGUUUGUGGAGAUGGCGCUGGAGGAUGCGGAAGACGACAUGCAAGGUGACUCGGACGAUGAGGACUUUGGCUUUAUGAUGCGAUGA